CAUGAUUUUUAAAUGUUGACGCAUGAUGGACGCAUGUGGUGAAACCAGUGGGUGAAACCAACGUCAACAUUUGCAGAAUUUAAUCAAAAUAAAACGAAUUAACAUAAGUGUGAUUGAUUGGUUUAUGUUUAUAACGAGUAUAUUCGCAACUUACAACAAUGGGGAAAAAGAAAAAUGAAUUUGAUCAUUUAACAUUUGAAGAAAAAAAGGUAAUUUCUAUUGCCGAAGUAAUUCAGCAUUUGAUUAAGGCGCAGGAUACGAAACAAAAUGUGAAUUUAAAUCAAUUGAAAGCUAAAAUAUCAUCUAAAUAUGGCAUGCAUUCACAGCCAACAUUGGUUGAAAUUAUUGCAGCUGUUCCCCAAGAGCACAAAAAGACAUUAGUUCCAAAACUAUUAGCUAAACCUAUAAGAACUGCAAGUGGAAUUGCUGUUGUUGCUGUAAUGUGCAAACCACACAGAUGUCCACACAUCAAUUUCACUGGAAAUAUUUGUGUGUAUUGUCCAGGGGGACCUGAUUCAGAUUUUGAAUAUUCCACACAAAGUUACACAGGAUUUGAACCAACAUCAAUGAGAGCAAUUAGAGCUAGGUAUGAUCCAUACAUUCAAACAAGGCAUAGAGUUGACCAGUUGAAACAAUUAGGACAUAAUGUAGACAAAGUAGAAUUCAUUAUAAUGGGAGGCACAUUUAUGAGCCUAUCAGAUGAAUAUAGAGACUAUUUUAUUAGAAACUUACAUGAUGCACUUUCUGGACACAAGAGUAACUCUGUAGCUGAGGCUGUAAGAUAUUCCGAACGUUCAAAUAGUAAAGUAAUUGGUAUUACUAUUGAAACACGACCGGAUUAUUGUGUGCAAAGUCAUAUCACUGAUAUGUUGAACUAUGGUUGCACCAGGCUAGAAAUUGGUGUGCAAUCAGUGUAUGAAGAUGUUGCAUUGGAUACAAAUAGGGGACACACUGUGCAGGCAGUAUGUGAGACAUUUUGUAUGGUUAAGGACGCCGGAUUUAAAGUCGUUGUGCAUAUGAUGCCUAACUUACCGAACGUUGAUUUGGAGCGUGAUUACGAGCAAUUUGUGCAAUUUUUUGAAGAUCCUAGAUUUAGAGCUGAUGGUCUUAAGCUUUAUCCUACUUUGGUUAUUCGUGGUACGGGUCUUUACGAAUUGUGGAAGACUGGUAGAUAUAAAAGUUAUCCACCUUCAGUGUUGAUUGAUUUGGUUGCUAAGAUUUUGGCAUUGAUUCCACCAUGGACUAGGGUUUAUCGUGUGCAAAGGGAUAUUCCAAUGCCCUUAGUGAGCUCGGGAGUUGAACACGGUAAUCUCAGAGAAUUAGCCUUGGCUCGCAUGAAAGAUCUGGGUCUGAAAUGUCGUGAUAUUCGUACACGUGAAGUUGGAAUAUCAGAAAUCCACGAAAAAGUGCGCCCAGAUCAAGUGGAAUUAGUACGUCGUGACUACGCAGCCAACGGUGGAAAUGAAACAUUCUUAAGUUACGAAGACCCCGAACAAGAUAUCCUCAUUGGACUCUUGCGUCUGCGCAAAUGUACAGAUAAGUACACUUUUCGGCAGGAGUUAAUGGGGAGCGUUUCAAUAAUUCGAGAAUUGCACGUAUACGGUAGUGUUGUGCCCGUUAGUGAACGCAGUGCUGAUAAAUUCCAACAUCAAGGAUACGGCGUGAUGUUAGUUGAACAUGCGGAGUUGAUCGCUAAAAAUGAACAUCAGUCGAAGAAAAUAGCGAUUAUCAGUGGUGUUGGUACAAGAAAUUACUAUAGGAAGUUAGGGUAUGAGUUAGAAGGUCCUUACAUGAUAAAGUCCUUGCUUGACGGCGAAUUUAAAACUGCACAUGAAUGUAAUGAAGAGCGCAGCAGACCGAAAGAACGAGUAUCUUAUCAAAUACAACCAAUUGGUUCUGUGAUUGAUGUAAAUGAUGUUGAGGGUCAAAAAGAUGUUACAAAGAUUCUAAGUGAUGCAGAAUUUUUUGAUCAGUAUAGGAAGGAGUACAUCAGAAGUUUGGGAAACCGUGGUGUGAUUACAGAUGAAGAAGAGGCUGAAAUGUGGAAUCAGGAGGAACAAUUUUCAACCAAUCUAAAUGGAAGUACUGAAUAUUUUCCAGAGUAUGUCCCACCUUGGGAGAGAUCGUCUUCGGAUGAUAUUGAACUAAAUUUAUCUUCUUUAAAUGUCAAAUAAACUGUACAUUUAAUAAUGACAUUGACAAGGAUUGAAGUCAAUUAAAAAUUUUAAGUGUU